AUGGCGACCGUCCCCGGCGGCGCGCGGACGCCGCGGAAGACGACGUACUCGGACCGCUUCGUCCCGAGCCGGCUCUCGUCCGCGGGUCUGAACGGGUUCAACCUCAUGGACGCGAGGACCGCGCCGUCGCCGUCGUCGCACGCGACGUCCGAUCGCGAGGACACGUCCGCGGCGUACUCCACGCUGCUGCGGUCGGAGAUGCUCGGCGACUCCGCGGCGGCCGCCGCGGGGCUGUCCCCGCUGCGGCCCUCCAUCGCCCCGUCGAGAUCCCCGAACGGCGGCGCGCGCAACCUGUUCCGGUUCAAGUCCGACGCGGCGUCGCGCCUCGCGUUCGCGCCCGUCGGGUCCCCCUACUCGCUCUCCCCCGUCGGCGGCGACGCGUCGUUCGAGAGCGCUUCGACGGCGGACGCGCUCUCGACGCCGCGAAAGUCGCCGCGGAAAGUCGCGCGGUCGCCGUUUAAGGUGCUCGACGCGCCGGCGCUGCAGGACGACUUCUACCUCAACCUCGUGGACUGGUCCUCGCACAACAUCCUCGCCGUGGGGCUGGGGACGUGCGUGUACCUGUGGAGCGCGUGCACGAGUCGCGUGACGAAGCUCUGCGACCUCGGGCCGAACGACUCGGUGUGCUCGGUGGGAUGGACGCCGCGAGGGACGUACCUCGCGGUCGGGACGGAUAAGGGCGAGGUGCAGAUAUGGGACGCGGCGAAGUGUAAGAAAGUGCGGACGAUGGGCGGGCAUCGAACGCGCGUCGGGUGCCUCGCAUGGAGCAGCGCGCUGCUGUCGAGCGGCAGCCGCGAUCGAAACGUGCUUCAACGCGACGUCCGCGCGAGCGAGCACCACGUCGGAAAACUCGUCGGGCACAAGUCCGAAGUCUGCGGCCUGAAGUGGAGCUACGACGACCGCGAGCUCGCUUCCGGGGGGAACGAUAACCAGCUGUUCAUAUGGAGCGCGAACAGCGCGCACCCGGUGCUGAGGUACGGCGACCACGCGGCGGCGGUGAAGGCCAUCGCGUGGUCGCCGCAUCAGGCGCGUUCUAGUAUCACACUGCACGGCUUGCUCGCGUCGGGGGGGGGGACCGCGGAUCGAUGCAUUCGGUUUUGGAACACGUCCACGGACACGGCGCUGUCGUGCGUGGACACCGGGUCGCAGGUGUGUAACCUCGUGUGGAGUAAGAACGUCAACGAGCUCGUGUCCACGCACGGGUACUCGCAGAAUCAGAUCGUCGUGUGGCGGUAUCCGACGAUGUCGAAACUCGCGACGCUCACGGGGCACACGCUUCGGGUGUUGUACUUGGCGAUAUCGCCCGACGGGCAGACGGUCGUCACGGGCGCGGGGGACGAGACGUUGCGGUUUUGGAACGUGUUCCCCGGGCCGAAGAGCCAAGGGAGCGGGCACGAUAACCAGGUGUGGUCGAGCGGGCGGACGCACAUUCGAUGACGACGGCGGCCGGCGGCGACGAGACGGAGACGGAGACGAUUUUUUUGUGCGACGCGAACGCGAACGCGAACGACCGAGAGGGAAGGGAACGCGGCGCGGCGCGACGCGACGCGACGCGCCGCCGCUUCGGCGACGAUUGUAACACGUACUACUGUAGAACGCGA